AUGGCUUCCGCGGGUUUUCGAGAUUCCAUCAACUCCCUGGGCUGGAGUCGUCGUCAAGAUGCGCCCAUCACAACUUCACAACAGUCAUCUGGCCUCUUGUCCUCUCUCCAGAGUCUGAAUCCUUUCCAGGAUCGUGGAUAUACGAUUCUUCCCACAUCGGAAGGUCCUGGAGCACCUCUGCCGGCGCCCAGUCGGCGUGAAGAAGAGGAAGGCUGGUUCGUUUUGAGUCGAUGGGACCGCAUGCUGGUAUUUGCCUUUUGCAAUCUCGCUGCCGCUGCCUGUUUCGUCAUCUGCUUCACCCUCUUCCCUGUCCUGUCUCUGAGACCACGCAAAUUUGUGAUUCUAUGGACGGUUGGAUCGGCACUCUUCCUGGCAUCUUUUGCUGCCAUAAUGGGACCUAUGAAUUACAUCUAUCACCUUUUCUCCGCGCCUAGACUGCCCUUUACCGCUGCCUACUUUGGAUCCAUAGCAAUGACCCUCGUGUUUGCUAUCAAGGUCCAUAGCACCAUCCUUACCCUUUUCGCGUCUUUGAUUCAACUUGCUGCCCUGCUUUGGUAUCUGGUCAGCUAUUUCCCGAUGGGCUCCACGGGUUUGCGCCUGGCCACUUCGUUCGGAGCAAGACAAGCGACUGCAUGGCUUUCUGGGUAAGUGCUGGCCAAUACAUGUUAGCAAGCGGGGUUCCAUCAUUCCACCGAUAUGAAAGUGCUCCCCAUGAUGCUCCUCUGAUAGGAUUUUGUUACUUUAUUUUAUAAUGCUUAUGGAUACAUGUA